AUGAACAUCACACUUAUUAAUUCCAAGAUAAAUAUUGAAGAGAUUUGGAAUAAUGCAAUGAAUUGUCUAAAAGUUAAUAAUAUUGAAGUGCAGUCUAUUAAAGCAAGGAUAAUUGAUCUUACCGAAUCUGUAGAUUGGAAAUUUAUACUCAAGAUGUCUGAUCGUUAUGAUUUAAUUAAAAAAACCAUACCAAAAUUUUUAAAAGGAAAUAUUUCUAGUGAAGUCCUGAAUAUAAUAAAAGAUCCUCCUAAUCAAUUGCAAUUAAUUGAAGAUUUGGUAACAUGGAAAGUGAGUUUUGAUCAAAUCAAAAAUGAUACAGAUGCUAUUUUGGCCAGUAAAAUUACUAAUUUUUUUAUUAAAACUUUUAAGAAGAAUAUUAAUAUCAUAAUGACUUCUGACAGAGAAAGGGAUAUGAUUGUUAAUGUUUUUGCUCCAAUAUUUAAAAAAAUAUUUGAAAGCUAUGACCUUGGAAAAUUUCGUUUGUUCUGGCUUGAAAAAGGGUGCAAAGCAGUCACAGCAAGAAAAAGAAGAUAUAUAAACCCAGAAUAUACUAAAUUAACCAAUGAUGAUAGAAAGCUUGAUUUAAUUAUUGAAAUAAGAUGUUAUGAUAUUGAAAUUCUAUUAUUAGAAAUUGGUAUAGAUAAAAAUUUAACAGAUACAAAUAGUGACUAUAAUCAGCUAAAAAUUGCUUUAAAGGAUUGCAUGGAUGCAUUCGUUGAAAAAAUGAACAUUUCUAAAGAAUCUCUUGCCAAAUUAAUGAUAUUAGGUAUUCAAAUGUCAGACUUUACGUGGGAUAUCUAUUCAAUGACUUAUGAUCAUGAAUUAAAAUUCUAUUUUUUUAAUAAAUUAAGAUCAUUCAAACUCCCAACAUCAUUAGCUGAUUUAGAUUCUUCUCUUCCCUAUUUUAUGGAAAAUAUACUGGCUCUUAGGCAUACAAUGCUUUAUAUUUCAGAUAUUUUAAAAAAAAUAAUGAAAGAAAAAGAAUCAAGAACACCGUCACCACCCACUUCACCAAUUUACACAACACCAGAUACACCAAUCAUUAAAAAAGUCAAAGAAAAUGUUUUUUUGAAUCUUUUUCAAGAUUUGUAUUGA